AUGAAACUCGACACACGAUACUUACCUGUAAAGAAGCCGGGAUGUACUCACGAUAAAGGCAAGCAUCACGAUAAAGGCAAUCAUCACGAUAAAGGCAAUCAUCACGAUAAAGGCAAGCAUCACGAUAAAGGCAAGCAUCACGAUAAAGGCAAGCAUCACGAUAAAGGCAAGCAUCACGAUAAAGGCAAGCAUCACGAUAAAGGCAAGCAUCACGAUAAAGGCAAGCAUCACGAUAAAGGCAAGCAUCACGAUAAAGGCAAGCAUCACGAUAAAGGCAAGCAUCACGAUAAAGGCAAGCAUCACGAUAAAGGCAAGCAUCACGAUAAAGGCAAGCAUCACGAUAAAGGCAAGCAUCACGAUAAAGGCAAGCAUCACGAUAAAGGCAAGCAUCACGAUAAAGGCAAGCAUCACGAUAAAGGCAAGCAUCACGAUAAAGGCAAGCAUCACGAUAAAGGCAAGCAUCACGAUAAAGGCAAGCAUCACGAUAAAGGCAAGCAUCACGAUAAAGGCAAGCAUCACGAUAAAGGCAAGCAUCACGAUAAAGGCAAGCAUCACGAUAAAGGCAAGCAUCACGAUAAAGGCAAGCAUCACGAUAAAGGCAAGCAUCACGAUAAAGGCAAGCAUCACGAUAAAGGCAAGCAUCACGAUAAAGGCAAGCAUCACGAUAAAGGCAAGCAUCACGAUAAAGGCAAGCAUCACGAUAAAGGCAAGCAUCACGAUAAAGGCAAGCAUCACGAUAAAGGCAAGCAUCACGAUAAAGGCAAGCAUCACGAUAAAGGCAAGCGUCACGAUAAAGGCAAGCGUCACGAUAAAGGCAAGCAUCACGAUAAAGGCAAGCAUCACGAUAAAGGCAAGCAUCACGAUAUGCAAAUUAAAAACUGUUAUGCUUAUCGUCCUGCAUUGUAG